CGGUCUGGGACCUGCCCCGUGUCCCACUGCCCCCACUCCUACUCUGGUGGCAGUGGUACAGACCUCUCCCUUCUGUCAUCAGGGAGUUACACCGCACCUCACAUCCCCCGCACAGUGUCCCUGUGGGGCCAGACUGAAUCCCACUUUUCCCCGCUCCUCUGCUGAAUGGAUUUAGUUCCCUGUGCUCCCGCAAAGGAAGCUGGCAUCUAAACCCCACACAAGGGCUUUUUGCCAGUGUAAUCUCCCCCACCGUGCCCACGCGUCCUGCUAACCCCCUGAGGAAUGCCCGCCAGGCCGGGAACAGGCAUCCCUUUCAGGCCCCACAGAGCAGCUGUGUUUGCUGCAGCUGGCACUGCCCCAGCAGGCUGUAGGCUCGGGAUGUGGAGAGACGAUGUCGGGGAAUGUGGGUACCCGAAGCACCCCCUGCUCACCCUUUCUUGCAGCCAUCCUCCUGCGGGCUUUGGGCAGGGUGUCAGGAGGCAGGCACCCUUGGGGACAGUGCCCUCUGCUCAGCCCUCACAAGGGGUAAAGGAGUCUGGGGCCAGAGGCUGGUUUUCUGCCAAACAGGGACCCCAACACUGCCAACAGAAAAAAAGUGGGCCCCAGCAGGAAGAAAAAAACUUACAGUGUCCAUCUGCUCCCUCUGCCGCCUGGUCGUGUACUCCUCCUGGGGCAGCCACGGUCUCCAGAGUGGCUUGGGACUGGGGGAGGACAGCAGGAUGAGCAUGAUGGCCACCCUAGCUUUUUUACCCCCACUUGCCUUGCUCGCCCACACCCCAGCCACCCACCCCAACCUUGCCAGCAUGGCUCGGCCUCUGCCCUGGUGCCAGGCACAUCCACCACCCCAUUUAUGCUCCCCUCCCUGCAGGAGCUCCCAGCUUUGCUUCCCAGGCUCUGCACCCACAGUGCUGGGAUCGCGGGGUCUGCACCUAAACCGGGAGCAGCACAGCCUUCACCCAAACCCACCUGGAGCCUUCCCACCUAGUCAUUGCUGCCCACACCGGCCCCCCCAGCCAUGCUGCACCCAAAGUACCUUCCUCCCUGCUGCAGCCCCACAUCUGGGCAAGCACCAGCUGUGGUCAGUGGGAGCCAGCGGAGAGGCAGGCAACAUGCAGCAGCUUCCAUGGUGGCAGCGGUGUCCCUUCCAAGGCUGCAGGCCCUUGGUGAGGAUAGCUUUAUAUAUAGCCCUGCCCUGGUCAGUGACUCACAAAUUCUUUGUGGCAGGAGAGUGUGGGGCUGGGGGCUAAGGGGCAGCAGACCUCAGGGUGUGAAAUUUGUCCCAGUUGUGUAAACAGAGGUCUGGGGGGGACUGGAAGCAGAGUGUUGUGGAAAAGCAAAACACAGAAGGGAAAAGUUAGACACCAUUUGUGAGAAAGUCCCCAGGAGGGCUCAGGGCGGGGGGAGGAAUAGGUUAGGGCAAAGACAAUUAACAAGGAUGAUUAAGUGUGCUUAGUAGUCGUUUGCAUAAGGGAGAAGGGAUUUGGGGAAACGAUCAGGAGUGCUGGGGCAUCACAGUGGGCAGGGGAUGUGAUGGGCUGCAGCAGAAGCGAGCACAUAGCAACCAGGAGGUGAGAGAAAAGAUGCUCAAGAGAGGACAGGGGUGAAGAUAGGUGCCAGGGGAUUGCAGUGGUCCUGCUCAGGCACACAUGUCCCUGCUCAGGUCCCCCAGGGAGGUUCCAGGUUCCAUUCCUACAGCAGAGAGGUGCAAGGACUGUUGUAUCCCCAAGGCUGGCUGCAGGACCAGUCCCAAAGUAAGCGGGACACAGACGCAAGGCAGCUUCUCCCCAAGCUUCAGCCUUGCAGGGCUGGACACAGCUGCAGUACGAAUCUGGCAGCAAAGAGCAGUGGCAGUCUCUCUGCUGAGUUCACAUAGCCCACCCAGAGCUGGCUGACCCCUCCUGGUGGAACAAUUCAAUAUGAUCUGCUAAGGAGAUGUUCCUGCCCAUGGCAGGGCAGUUGGAUUAGAUGAUCUUUGAAGGUCCUUUCCAACCCAAAUAAUUUGAUGAUUCUAUAAUUUGCGGCUGCAGUGCUUGCCAGUGAUCCCUGCCCACCUGUUUCUCCCUAGGCUUUUUGGGAUGCAGGCAGUAUCAGGAGGUGCAGGAAAGAUUCUCAGUGGGAGGGUGCAAGGCUCAUACCCCUGGCACCACUAUGCAUCCCACCCCCCAUGCUGCUCCUGCCUGGGCACUAGAGGCGAGGUGCCAGUUGCAGGCAAGUCACCUCCUGAUCCUGGGAGAGUUUCAGUUUGGGACAAGGAAAGAAAAUAGCAAAUGGUCCCUGUUGUAGCUCUGCCAGCAGUGUCCAAACAUCGGCCAGGAUCAGCUUGGCUCUGAGCACAAUUUGUCACCAGGGGCCCUCCCUGCCCCUGUCCAUCUGCAGCAGCCGGGGAGCGGGAGGGGGCACGGCACGAGCACAGCCCUCAUUACCGUCCCCAUUUGCUCCUCAUUUGGGCCAGGAGUCUUACAAUAACAAACCCUGCAGAGGACAAGCAAGGCUGAGGAGUUCAACCUGCUGGUGUUUUGCCGCCCUGCAAUCCCAGCAUACCGCCUGGCACGGACAGGAUUCAGCACACAAGACAGAAAUGCCGUGGUUGUCCAUCUCUCAGGGUACUGGCGUGCUGCAGGACACCUUGCCAGCUUGCCCACUUCAUUGCCCUAUGUCCAGCUCGAUCUCCAGCCACUCUUCUCCAGCACUGGCCAAGCCAGGUCCCAGAGGUUGCUGAACCCUGCAGAAGAAAAGUCCCCACUGUGCCCCUGCCAGCUGGGCAUCACCACUGAGUGCAAAGGGCCCCGGGAGCCAGCACAGAUGGAGGGCAAGGGAGGAAUUUGGCUUCAUCUCUGCAGCCAGUUUCCAUCCUUGGCUCUGCUCCCUUCACUCCACCCCAUCUCUUCUCACCGCCUUUCCUCCACACACCACUGCCCCCGCCCUAGCUUGGUAUCCCAAGCCACUUAGGCAACCACCUACCCUGAUAAUUAAUAGAAAACGAGCAAAACAAGGCAUCCCAGCUCCCCAAUCCUUCCUGACACCGAAAGGGUUUAAUUCUGAUCUGCAGUAAGCCUCCAGGCUGAGAUUUGUGGAUGGAUUUUGCAAAGCCGACGUGAACCAUUCGCAGUCCCUGAUCCCCGGUCCUGACGAGCCUCUUCCUGUAGGACUGCAGCUGCCCUCGGUCCCGCACCACAUCUCCAGCCAUCUCUGUAACCUCCCAUCCCCCGGCUCCCCCCACACGCCCGUGCCCUCACAAAACCAGCACCCACAGAAGCAGGGUGAAGCUUCAGCACAGCGAGAGGCCAUGGGAAGGUAAGCGUGCAGGAGAGGUGACACUCGGCCCAACCAUGGUCUCUAUGGGACUCCAGCUGGUGGGCUACAUCGUGGCCUUCCUGGGAUACAUCGGCACGCUGACAACCACGCUGCUGCCCAACUGGAAGAUCAGCUCCUACAUUGGCUCAAGCAUCGUGACGGCCGUGAGCUUCACCAAGGGGCUGUGGAUGGAGUGUGCUACCUACAGCACAGGCAUCACUCAGUGUGACAUCUACAGCUCCCUGCUCAACCUGCCUCCCGACAUCCAGGCAGCCCAGGCCCUGAUGGUGAGCUCCUGUGCUGUCUCCUCCCUCGCUUGCCUUAUGGCCGUGGUGGGCAUGAGGUGCACCGUCUUCAAUCAGGGCUCGCCGGCCAAGGACCGAGUGGCGGUGGUGGGUGGUGUGGUCUUCAUUCUCGGGGGGCUGCUCUGCUUCAUCCCACUGGUGUGGAACAUCCACGUGGUGCUGCGAGAUUUCCACAACCCCAUCCUCCCCGACAGCACCAAAUUCGAGAUGGGGGAGGCUCUAUACCUGGGCAUCAUUUCCUCUCUGCUCUCCCUCAUCGGUGGCUCCAUCCUCUGUGCCUCUUGCCCUCCUCGUGACCCAUCGGGCCCCUACUCGCCCCAGCUCCUGAAGAGCAGGAGUCCCCAGCCCUCCAUCAAACAGAUGCAGAAGGCCAAGAGUGAGGUCAGCUCCUACAACCUGACGGGAUAUGUGUAGUGGCAGCAGAGCACCUGGUCAGCGCCUUUCCCAGCUCCCAAAACAUCUGGGCUCGCACCGAGGGCACACAGUAAGAGGAGAGGACACAGCGGUGUCUCCCGCACUCGUAUCUCUUGCUCACAUGUGCGUGCUCGGGGGUCUUGACAUAUGACUGCUCAGAUGUCCCAGCUGAUGGUGAAGGACCCUGAAUCCGGCUUCUGUUACCACUCUGGUGCCGUCAGUCUGCUGGAGCUGCCCUCGCAAGCCAGCUGGAAGCGCAUCCACAGCCCCUGCAUGGCAGCCUUGUCACGGCCAAACUCCAGCCUGCAGCCCACAGCCUGGCAAAGACAGUGAAGUUGUGCCCCUGGGGCUCACCUGGGGCUCUGGAGACAUGGGGGGGAUUAGGGCACCCACAGGGGCCCAGAAUCAUUGGGGGAGAGUGGGGGGAUGGAGUACUGAUUACAAGCUGAUAUCACAAUAAAUACGUGUUUCUAGAUGGGCUGUGAUUGAGCUUUCCUCUGGUACCACCGAGAACCCCAGCACCUCACCAGUGGCAAGGCAGGCAGAUGCAGGGCCAUGCACACCUGCCUGCUUCAUCCAUCCUGCAAAGGGAGCACCGUCCCUUGCUCUUGGCCAUAUAGGAGAUGAAAUAAAACACAGAGGGGUCUUGCAGGAGUGCUUAAGCCCGUGGGUCCCUGCAGGGGCAGGUUUGGGAUGGGAGGGCAGGGCCAAAUCUGCUCCUUGCAACACUUUAGCACCAGUGUGAUACCCUGUGCAGCUGCAGCCCCAAUAGCCUGCAAGGGUCUGCGUGGGGACUUCUGGUGGUGCUGAGCAAAGCCACUUGUGCCAGGGCAGGGGAGACAGAGGGAGGGUGCAAGGUGUCCAUGGAGGAGCGAGCACUUUUUAACCCUUGGGCUACCUCCUUUGUCCCUUGGUACCACAUCCCACUGUCGGAUGUAAGAUAACCCCUUU